GAAAGUGCGCACAGAGGAAGAAGGAUGCUCUGCUGUGCCCAGGCUCCCUUCGGCAUCCUUUGCCUGGCUGGGCUUUGCGUCCUCUUGGAGGCCGGAGGUCCUGGGUUCCUCUGCACCCUCCUUUGGGACCCCCAGGGACCCUCCUUCCAAACCUCCGAUGGGGAGCAACUCCUGAGCGCAACCUGGGCACCCCUCCAAGGGCCAUCUUUGCGCCAAUGCCACCUCUCCAGCCACCCAGCCCAGGUGCGCGCCUUCCUGAGCCGGUGCCAAGCUGGAGGGGAGACCGAAGGGUCCCUGUCCCCCUUCCCCAGCCUAAAAGAUGCCCAAGCGGCCUGCCUGGACGGGCUGGCAUUGGCAGAGGAUGCCCCUCCGGCGUGGCGCCACCGCCGAGCCAAGAGGGGCUUUACCUACCCAGGGACCUUCUGGUGUGGGGCUGGAAACAUCGCCGGGAGCUAUGAGGAGCUGGGUGAGCACCGCGAGACGGACCGCUGUUGCCGGGAGCACGACCAUUGCCAACACGUCAUCCACCCCUUCACCUACAAGUAUGGGUACCGAAAUUUGCGCUGGCACACCAUCAGCCACUGCGACUGCGACAACCGGUUGAAAGCAUGCCUGCGGGGGGUGAACGACACGGCCUCGCGGGUGGUGGGCCAAGCCUUCUUCAACGUCAUCCAGGUGCCUUGCUUCCAGUUUACCUACAAGGAGCAGUGCAUCGAGCCUUACCUCUACGUCUGGUGCAAGAAUUACAGUACCGUGGCUGUCGCCGUGGUCCAAGAACCAGUGCUGUACGAAUACGGCGGGGAAGUCAUCGACGGUCCGGCUGCCCACCGGCCCUCAGUCACGACUCCAACUGUGGCCACGGCUGCUCCUGCGCAUAAACCGGGCAUGAAACCUGUUGCGGCGAUCACCAAAGCUCCUGCCCUGCCAGGUAGGCCAGGCAGCCCUGGGAAGAAACACCGGCCUGGCAAAGGAAAGAAGCGGAAAGGGAAGAAGGGGAAGGGAUUGAAGAAAAAGAAGAUGGAGGACAAGGCCGGUGCGCUGCCUGUUCCUAUCGGAGAUGUGGCCACCGUUUCCCCAAAGCGGCUGGCGGCCCAAGAUCUGGGGAAGACAAGUUUCCAAGGCCCAGAUCUGGGUGAGGAGGAUCCGUUCAACGCCAUCCUUGGAGAUGACCCGGGAGAAGGAGUUGGCCUGCGCUUCGACCCGAAUGGAGCGUGGCUGGAAAGGAAAGAGGAGAUUCCCCCAAAUCCAGGGAUUCCCUCCACCGCGGGGCCUUUGAGGAAGAAGUGGAAAGGCCGAAGGAGGACCUCAGCGACGAAGGAGCAGCCAUCGCUGCUGCGUCCAACACCAAGCUGAAACUUGAGGGGUGAGGGGGGUCCCAUGUUUUGGGGGGCGAUCGGGUCUGUGUAAUAAAUGAGCAAAGCACA